AUGGAGCCUUGGGUAAUAAUAAUCAUAGCUAUUGCUUCUUGUGUUGGUGUUUUGAUAUUUAUCGUGGCUUUAGCCGGGGGUCGUGAUGGCAGAGGAGGUGAAGGAGGGGAAGGUGGCGGAGGCGGAGAGGGAGGUCUAAGAGGUAGUAGUUAUUCUGGUGGUCAUGGAGGGUUCUGGAGUAGUGGUGGUGGAGGUGGCAGCUGGUUUGGUGGUGGAGGGUUUGGAGGCGGUGAUGGAGGUUUUGGUGGUGGCGGUGGUGGUGGUAUCAAUAUCUGUAAACUUAGGCUGAUAAAGUGGUCAAACUGGAUUGGAGAUGGGCUCGAUGGUUAA